CAAGUGCGGUUUCGCGAAGCCAUUUCCCAGGAAUUCUGUCGCCCAUUCAAGUUAAUUAAUUGGCAGAGCAAUGGCAAGGAAGCUUGUGCAGAAUAAGUCUCAGCAGCGCGCCGGCAAUAAGGCAGUGAAAUUCACAGAUGAUUUGAUAUCGGUGAAAUUAAAGCGACAUUUUGCCAUAGGAAAAUGCGAUGUUCUAAAGCGCGCUACACGUGAAAAUUGGAUACACGAUGGAACUUUCCACGAUGCAAUCGCUGGGCUACUGGUGAUGGCUCAACUGUUCGCCGUAAUGCCCGUGUGCGGAAUUUUAUCCAAAGAUCCAAAAAAAUUGACAUUCAUCUGGACUAGCAAACGAGCUCUGUAUACGUACGCAAUGUGCCUGGGAACGGUAUUUCUCAGCGUGAACGCCGUCACACGGUUAUUCGACAGGGGGUUCACUUUUGCCCGAUUGACGGUAGGUUUCUUCUACACCUAUAACCUGUACGCAACGUACUGUUUCAUACUCGUGGCUAGAAAGUGGCCUGCGAUGAUCCGAAAGUGGUGCGAAGUGGAGCAACUGCUACCUAGCAGUACCAACAUCCUGGAGCGGGGACAGCUGGCGUACAAAAUUAAGAUGGUGUCGAUACUGGUGAUGACUUUAUCGCUGAUGGAACACAUGUUGUCCAUAACUGCUGCAGUAUUCUUCACGCCUAACUGCUCCGGAAUCACCGAUCCCCUCACGAUGUUCUUCAAGUCUAAUUUUUUGUUUGUUUUCUACCACUUUGAGUACAGUAAAAUUCGUGGCUUUGUUGUGAAAUGCAUCAAUGUUGUUAACACUUUCGUGUGGAGUUACAUGGAUUUAUUUGUGAUUGUAAUUAGCAUCGGACUGUCGCAUACUUUCAAAAGAGUUAAUGACUUCAUGAUCAAACACAAACGGAAGACAAUGACCGAACAGUUUUGGGGUGAACAACGACAGAACUACCGAAAUAUCUGCGAUUUGGUGCAACAAGUUGAUGACGUUAUUUCAAUUAUCACAAUGCUCUCAAUCUCCAACAAUCUGUUCUUCAUCUGCGCAUCCAUUCUAAACAGUUUGGAUUCUCAUCCAUCGAUCGCUCACACGGUGUACUUUUGGUUCAGCCUGACGUAUCUCAUAGCUCGAACGCUGGCCGUGACGAUGUACGCCGCUGAGGUGAACGACGAGUCCAAACGACCCAUCGAGGUGCUGCGAACGAUUCCACGCGAGGGAUGGUGCUUGGAGGCGAAACGAUUCGCAGAGGAGGUCGUCAACGAUACCGUCGCUUUGACUGGAAUGAAGUUUUUCAAGAUGACACGCAAGUUGGUACUGACGGUGACUGGGUCGAUCAUAACCUACGAACUAGUGCUGAUACAAUUCCAUCAGGAUGAUAAGGGCGAGGUGGAUUUGUGCAAGAUGAAGCGGACCUGAACACAGAUCGACGGAAGCGGAUCUUUAAUUGCACGGAUUUGGGUGACCCUGUCUUUCCUCGGCCUCGUUCAGCUGCAGUAAAACCAACUCAUAUGUAACGAUCGUAGCGGAUAUCUGUAAUUUGAAUAAAUUCAAUAAUAUAGUUAUUACAAAGUAAAAAAAAUAAGUGUAAAGAAAAAAAUAGGAAUGAAAAAUCAAAUUACAGUUCAAAUACUAUUCAUAGAUGCGAAGAUUGCGUCAAUUCUAUGAAUGACUGA